AUGGCUGGAACGCUUGGAUGCAAUAAUCGUGCAAGUGGGGAUGCUGACGAUGUCAACGAAGAAGAAAGGGAAAGUGACACCAAAUCAGACGUCUUGAUGGAUUGCAUCACUAGCGGUGCACUUAGUGUUUCAAGCCAGCUGGAUGAGUUUCGACGGUUUUUCGACUUGAAAAAUGACUACUGGAAUACAUUUAGGGAACGAGUGAAGAAAGAGGUGGAAGAUAAUUCUACCUGGCAAGUUGUCCGCCAUAAUGACAAGCAACGGCGAAUCUGCGCCAAAAAGUUUCUUGAAAAAUACGGUCAUCAAUAUUGGGGAAGCUAUGAGAAUCGGAGGGAAUAUUUGGUUACGGAGGGAGUUGAGAAUGAAAAGACCUGCAGUUAUCCCGAUAAUGGGGAAGCUCUUGCUGCAGCGCUCGACAUUUUGAUGUUGAAGACGGCUAAGAUUCAGACGGCUAAGACUCGCCGAGCUAGUGAUGGUGUACGAGAUGCACAGCCCUCGUCGGCUACAAUUCGCCCGGCCGAACUGGGCGGCUCCGCCACGGCUCCUCCAGCUGAAACGAGCAAUAAUAACAAGUCUGCUGUAUUGAAGAAGGGUAAAGCAGUUAAGAAGGCCCAGACAGGCCCAAGUGGUAUCAUUGGACCCGGUACCAAUGGUGCGGAUCAAGAAGCAAUAGAUAGGACAGACAGUCCUACAGAUUCAACCGCUCAACCAAUCCCUGAUGGUCAAAAUGGAACCCUUCGCGGCAGUCAACUCGCGACCUACUUCCUGGUUAAAAGCAACAUCAGCAGCUUGCUGACUCCCGUAUGUGUGCCAUUUAGCACCUUCAAAUCCUCGACCGAUUUCAUUAAUCAACUUGUGGCUAAAUGCUUGCCUCGUGGCUUAUCUGUGAAUGAUUCCGAGGAACAAUUUCAUGACAUGCAGCCUAAUGCGGUGAUCACCUUGCCGUGGUCAUCCUCUAAGACGCCGUUUGUUCUUCGGCCGGACACGGAUGAUCUUGAGGCUUUGAUGGCCCGACUGAGCUGUGCAUGGACUGCCCAGGAACAGGGCAAGUUACAGAUGUUUGGAUUUGAGGUCGAAGUCAUGUUGAACUUUGAAGCGAAGAAUGUUCGGGCGUAA